AUGGGAAGAAAAAUUGCAAUUUUUGUCGUUCUUUUUGCAAUAUUUUUAUUCAACAAUUCGUACAGGUAAUUUUCAAUUUUUUUGCUCCGAUUUUAAGCCGUUUUCUGUCAAUUUGUAGUCAUUUUGAGUAAAGUUCUGAUGAGAGAGUGUCAAAACGAGAGAGACGCAGACACAAAAGGCGCGCUACGAAGCUCCGAUAUUCCGCUCGGAGGUGGAAUUUAAGGGGAAAGUUCAAAUUUUAGCGCGUUGAAAUUUUGCAAUUACGAUUGGUUUCACUCAAUUUCUCCGGUGUUUUUUGCAGAAAAAUGGCAGAAGAACCAGUGGCAGAUGAUCAGGGACCCGUAUACGUGGCAUAUUCGAUGGAGGACAUGCUAAAAUCGCCCAGAGACCUGUACAAGUCCGUUUUUUCGCACGAAAAAAUCAAUUUAAUCCAAAAUCAAUUUUCAGAAGCGUGAAAGACGUUGCCAAGUUUGUCAAUUCGGCGGAAGGAAAGAGUAUGUCAGCGAGAUUCAAAAAAUUCGGAACUCCGCGCGAAGCUCGCGACUUUUUGGCGUUCGGCGACAUUCCGACGACCCCACAGAGUGCGGUACAGGCCCCCGCCGAACCAAAUUCCCCGUUUUCGGGUGUAAAUCGAAUUCAGAUGAACGAGUUCAAGAAGUACGUGGAUAAAGGCGAUAUGGACAAUUUUUUGUAAGUUUUUACCCAACACUUUCCAAAUUUUACGAUUUUUCUUGCAGACGCCUAAUCGAUACGAAUCCGAGGUAUCUGGUGAACACGGGCGGUGACGUGGCGGCCAUCGUAAUGGAGGGAUUCCGAUAUAACGCUCUGCACAUUGCCGCAAAAGCGGGACAAGCGGAAAUUGUGCGGAAAGUCCUGGAAUUCCUGGGCGACAUCGAUUUUCUGACGCGUUUGUACGGAACCAGCCUCGAAGACGUCGCCAAUCGCCAGAAGAACAUUCUCGAUUCGUACUUGAACACGCCCGACAAGGGAAACUCGGACACGCCGCUGCACUUUGCCGCGAAAUUCGGAAAACUAGCGGUUGUGCGCGUGCUCGCCGAGCAGCCGCUUCUUGACAAAUCGGCGAGGAACAAGAUGGGCAGGACGGCGAUCGAAUGCGCGUGCGAACGGUAUUCCGAGCCGGACAAGUCGGAAAUUGUCAGAGGAAUGGAGCUGGCCAUCGAGGUGGGUGGAAAAACGCCAAAAUUCGGAUAAUUUUUGUCUAUUCUGUUCAUGCAGACACAAUUAUUCCAUUCUUCCAGGGUUUCUUCGUGUUUCUGACGCGAAACGAGAACGGCGUGUGCCAGCUGUCAGUCUCCCAAUCGGCUCGCGGCACCUCCGCCGUCGCCGGUCCGUUUGCCACCGAAUCCGACGCCCACGCAUUCCGCGCCCGCUGGCAGACGGUCGGAAAAGAGCUGAAGCGAUCGGACUACGACAAGGGAUACGAACGGGUGGGCCGAGUGCUCGCCGAGCAGCAGAAUCCACGUGUCGCGUGGGCGGAGACGUGGCGAUUCCUCGGCGAAGCGUCCGCGCCAAUAGACGUGGCAUCGGAAGACGGGCUGCGCACUCUGGAGACGUUUUUGAAGCGGCGGAGAAGGGAUGAAGCCGUGGAGAGCGAGGGGACACGGAUUCAGACGCCCGAAAACUCGAUAAGACGACUGGAUUUCAAUAUUUUGGACGAUGAAGACGAAAAAGAGGAAUUCUACGAUGCCCUAGAUGAUCAGCAGGAUUUGGAUGACACAUUGGGGAGUCUGGCCGACCGAUUCGCGGCAAUGUCCGUGCUUUCGCCGAAAAGAGCCACGGAUCCGGAGGUUCCGGAAGAUUCCGAGCAAGAUUCGUUCAUCACCCCACCCUCCACACCACCGCCCAUCUUUGUGAUUGACGAGAAUCCGUGCAAGGUUGGAGCUUGCUCAAUUUCUUUAUAAUUUUGCCGAUUUUCAGAUCGACAACGACCUGCUGGAAGUGCUUUCGCAGGUGCCGUCGGAAAGACUCGCCGACUUUCCGCUGGUGCUCCAAUACGUGCGGAAGCUCUCUGGAUUGGCCCCGUCCGAGCGGCUCGGCUGGCCUUCCAUGGAUUCUCCGUUACGAUCGAGAAGCCGCUGUCGAAAAUAA